GCAGAUUUACUUCUACUGCAUUUUAAAGACCUGCUGGAUUUGGACUCAGAGACAGUGAGUUGUUAAAAACAAAUGUGAGCUUUCUAAGCAGGAUUGCAUGUUGGCCAGAGCUCUUGUUUUGAUUUGUCAAGGAUCUAAUUUGUUUCCACCAACAUAGGGAACUUCCUCAAAGCUGUGGAAGUACUCACACUGUGCAGCUUUUGCAGCAAGUUCACUGUGUAAUCUGUCUUUUUAAGGGAGUUUUUUUUUUUUAACUGUCCACAACAAUGCCAGUGGUCAAAGUGGAGAAAGAGUCUCCAGCAGACAGCACCUUGCCUGCCUCCAAUCCUCCACCACAGACUGAGGAGCAGCCCCGAGGUCGGAGGAGGAAGAGACCCCUCCAGAGGGGGAAACCGCCGUACAGCUACAUCGCACUCAUUUCCAUGGCUAUUGCCAACUCCCCGGACCGCAAACUGACACUGGGGGGCAUCUACAAAUUCAUCACAGAGCGCUUCCCCUUCUACAGAGACAAUUCAAAGAAAUGGCAAAACUCCAUUCGCCACAACUUGACUCUCAAUGACUGUUUUAUCAAGAUCCCUAGAGAGCCUGGACGGCCAGGAAAGGGCAACUACUGGGCACUGGACCCAAACGCAGAGGACAUGUUUGAGAGUGGCAGCUUUCUGAGGCGCAGGAAGAGGUUCAAGCGCUGUGACUUGAGCACCUACACCUCAUAUGUGCACGAGGCGCCAGUGUUCUCACCUGUCCAGAUCACCAGAUCUGCCGCAUACACCAACUCAGUCUACCCCAACAUGACAGUCAGUCCGGCCUACGGGCAGCAGCUGCCCUCUGCCUACUACCCCUCUUCAUCACCUCCUGGGUUCGGACACGGUCAGACCCGCAUGUUCAGCAUCAACAACAUCAUAGGACACCCGAGUCCAGCCAGCAUGCUGUCAGGUCAAGGGCCGGAGGGCUUACAGCAGUCCAACCGGAGCUUCAGUCCCGAGGGCCUUUCCAAUGGAUCCAGCCCCUGCAGCCUGGGACCUCCGGGCUUCCAGAGCCAACCAUGCGGGGGACCUGUUCCAUCCCGCUCCUCUUCACAUCCAGGGUUCACCUACUCUGGGCCGAACAGCCAUCCGCACCACCACCCACACCAGGGCUCGUAUGGACAGAGUCACACCCAGGGCUAUGCAGCGGGAGGACGGCUCCACGCCUCAGCUCACGGGCCUGCCGACACGAUGGACCAUUACGGCAGAGUCUCCCCAGUGCAGCUGGGCUCGUUCUCCCAGUAUAACAGCGCUGCGGGUCCCAUCGCCAACACUGGGGGAUACCUGAGACACCCCACAUACCCAGGGAACAUGGACCGGUUUGUUUCUGCCAUCUAAGCUUCAGUUAAAAGAAAAUCAGACACUUAAGACGGCACUAAGUGAGCCAGACAUUUCUGCGCACAAACGUGAUUGCUUUUCUUUGUUCAUAACUUUUAUUCAGGACAAAACUUAACAGGCUGACCUCUGUUGACACAACUGUGAUUUUCCAUAUUAAUUCUAAAAAACAUUUUCCAUAUUGAUGGUAACCUACUUUUAGACAUAUAAGUUUAGUUUAAACGUCAAGGCCUCUUCUCAGUAAGAGCUCAAGAGUGUAUAAUACGUCUCAUUUUGUGUGUGGUUGUUUUUCCUUUUUAUCGUGUCAUGACUUGAAUGUCCCAGUAAAAUAUUUGCAUUAGAGUUUAAAUGACAGAUUUGAAAUGUUUGUAUAAAUUAUUGUGCUUCAUGGUCAUAGGCUUUGCAAUAAGUGGCUUGAUGAAGAACAUCAGCUUUAGUGCAU